AUGAUAACUUUCCACAGAGUUAAAGUUGAUGAUUAUUACAAAGUGUUGUCUAUAAGAUCACCAGAGGAUGUUUAUGAGGGAUAUGAUUACUUACCAGAUCGCUUCCAUAAACUGAUUAGUAGUUCAUCAACUGAAGGGUAUGCAGCCUCUAUUGACAACGAAUUUGUUGCUUUUCAACUAGUAAAUCUUUUGGAUGAUGGUCGCACGGUCUUGAAGAAAGCUGCACGCGUGGCUAAGGAAUAUGAAGGAACAGGAAUAUAUAACGCGCUUGAUUCAUUUACACAGCAAAAGUAUCAUUUAUUGGGCAGACAAAGGACUUUCUCAUUUGACGCACACAAUCAAACUUUGAUGAAACGACUGUAUGCCAGAAAAAUGGAAACAGUGAUGCCAAGAGAUGUAACAGCGUAUAAUUUGAAGUCUCCCAGAGAGGUUCUAAAAAACAACACAACUAGACCAAACAACAACAACAACACAAUAUUUCCUGUCCAUCUUAAGGAAGUCUUCAAAUCAGAGAAAAUGUGUAGCGAACUUUUCCCGGAAGGUAGAAUGCUAUGUUUCUAUGUACCGUAUAAAUUAAAAGAUUCCAACAUACCACUGAUAUAUUAUCAGGGGACGAAAGUUCUGGGAUCAGUUACUGAAGGAUCCCUAUUAGUAACAGCAGGGACAAGCUUCCGUUGUAGUAAAGGACAUAUAUUUGUACUUGAUGUGUACGGAACUUUAAAUAAUGCAUUUGUACAACAUUUACUACAGCAUUUCCGACAUGUGGACCUACGAUUUGUUAAUGAGCCAAUGGAAAUAAACAUACAUUGCAUGGAUUCUGAAAACCAGUAUAUAACUGAUGCUAUGAGACAACUCGAUAUUCAGAGAGACGAAAGUUUCAGAGAUGUUCAUCAUGUAGCUACCACAGAAAUGAAUUGGAAAUACUUAAUUCAGUGAUAUUUACGAUUCUAUAUAAAGCAUUAUAUAAUAAAUUAAAGACGAAAAUUAAUGUACUGACCUAUAUAAUAUUUUAGUAAAUGUAGUUAUG